AACGUUUGGAAAAACUAACAUACGAUACUCUUAAAGCUCAAGUGUUACACCAAGUGUUCAAUUAAUCGGUUGAAGACGAUAAAUUAAUUGAUUUCAUUGUAAUCGUGCUAAUUGCUGACUUACGACGGCUUUGUUUUUGUUUUUACUAACAAACCGGAAGCUACGAUCACUACCUGCCGCCGUUUGCCCUCACUGGAGCUGCUGGAGCGGUGGAGAGAUAUGUUGCUUCAGAUGGACGACUAUACAGGCACAAUCAAUGACAGAUAUCAACUUCUUGUUCAUCUAAAGUGGUGGUGAUGAUUAAAGUGGGAAGCUGGAGCAAAGACCUUCUGUGUGGGAUAGACUGCAGCUGAUCCUCAAGUUCCAGGUGGAGUUCCUAGAGAAACAUUGGCUCCCAGAACAUCUCAUGUACCAGCUGGAAAGACUUCUUCCUCCCAGGGAUGAUGUGAUGAUCGAUGAUGACAUGGAGGAUCAUAUUGCCUCGAGAUGAUCCAUCCUGGAGAGCCCUCGUGGAAGCAGAGAGGAACAUGGGACUGGAGCUUAUCCAAUCUCUCUGUAGCUGGAGGCAGUCUGACACUCUGCCGCUCAGACCCUGUCUCAGGACUUGUUUCGAGCUGGGAACCUCGGCCGCUCUCUUUGUGUGUGUGUCUGUCAGCAGUGGAGGACGGUUUCACACACAGCAAGGGCAUCAUCACUCAGGCGUCUUCUUACUGCGCUCACUGGGCUGAACCCUGGGAACCAGACCGAGGAAGACUGCUCUCAUCAAGCAAAUGGACCCAGGGAGGCAGGCUGCAGCUGAACUCAAUUACAGCCCCCGAGACAGGCAGGCAACACAAAGAGGCAGCACCCGAACAGUGUGAUGGAGAAGAGGGGCAGAAGAAGUCGGUGAUCGCUACCAGUCUGAUCGUGGUGGUGUCUCUCUUUGUGGUCGUGGUGAACUACUCGGAGAAGCCCUACUUCCUCCUGCAGCCCGUGUUCGGCCAGACGUUCAGCAGCCACUGGAUGUUUUCCAAGCAGCCGUACAAGGCCUUCAAGCCUCACCUGGGUUAUGUCAGCAUCCCCAAACAAGAGCCUCUGAAGCUGCACUGUGAGAUCUGCAGCAUCGUUUCCAGCUCUGGCCAGAUGUUGGGCCAAGCAGCCGGCCCGCAAAUCGACCAGUCUCUCUGCAUCUGGCGAAUGAACAACGCUCCAACAAGGGGCUUCGAAAGUGACGUGGGAAAGCGAACCACGCUGAGGGUUGUCUCGCACACCAGCGUCCCCCUGCUGCUGCAGAAGCCCCAGUACUUCUUUGGCCAGAGCAACGACACUGUCUACGUAGUUUGGGGCGCUCAGAACAUGAGGAAGGAUGGGAAGGGGAUCGGGUACAACAUGCUACGACAGGCGGCUGAAAACUAUCCCCAAGCACGCAUCUAUGUCACCACAGAAGACAGGAUGAACUACUGCGACAUGGUGUUCAAAAAGGAAACAGGGAAAGACAGGAUCCAGUCUGGCUCGUACCUCAGCACCGGCUGGUUCACGCUCAUCCUCGCCAUGGACAUGUGCAAAGAGAUCCAUAUCUACGGCAUGAUAAAUGACACCUACUGCAAGACGGAGGGCUACAGAAAGGUUCCCUAUCACUACUACGAGGCAGGCAGCCGGGACGAGUGUGCAGAGUACCUGCUCCACGAGAGUGCCCCCUACGGAGGGCACCGCUUCAUCACAGAGAAGUCUGUGUUCGCCAAGUGGGCCAAAAACCACGCCAUCAAGUUCUUCAACCCCCCCUGGCAGCUGUCGUGACCCUGGCUGGACCAGCGUGGGAAUACAACACAACCAUUAUCAUUCUUAUCAUCAUUACUAUCCAGGAACAAGAUGAAUCUUCACUCUGACAGAAACGUUCCCUAACAUAAACGUUAAAUUCUGGCACAAAUUACACUCCAUAUCUUUUAAUGAAGGGUGCUUGAGCUUGGUUUGGAAAGUCCUGGAUGGCUGCUAUCUAGGAGGUGUUUUUAUUUGGACAUGGCCGUUCAUCAGACAGAAAAACAACAGAAAAAAAAACCAUAUCCUCUGCUUCUUAAGACUCCUUCCUCCUGAAUUUGAGAGCUGGAGAGCGCGCACAGCAUGCCACUCUCCAUUGACGAAUCGAUCCAUCCGCUGCUCUGUGAGUUUAGCAAAGGAUGGCUGGAAGACUAACUUUUACAAAAAAUAAAAAAAGGAGAAAACAGCAUGAAGAAGAAAACAACCAUCCGUCAACUUGCAGUGACCUCAGCGGCUCACAUGUCCACAGGCGCUGGAUUUACAUUUUUUUCUAAGACUGUAGCAGAAGAGGAGCUCGGCAGCUGCAGAGAUGAGCCCUGUUGCCAUGGACGUCCGACGAGCUCGCCUACAACUGUUUCCUUUGCGUGUCUGUCGUCUUCUGUCAGCCUGUAAUUAAUCUAUAACAAGUAUCGUCCAGGCUUUCAUCUCUGACUGAGGGAGGGCUGGAAGAAGGUUUCAAUUAACGCUGCUUCAGUGAGGAAGCACCAAACAAACACGGUUUAUUGAAAAAGAAAAAGAGCAAAAAACAGACUUUAGUGCAACCAGACAUGCAGAUGUGAAUCAGACAUGUUGUAUUAUCGUGCUCGGCUGUUUUGACGUGUGUGAACUCACACAACUUAAAGAUGUCAGCUUCUUUUCUUUUACGAUGCUGUGAAAAUGAAUUUUUGAAGAGACGUGUUGUGGUGUUAGCUUGAUAUCUGGAUGAGGUUGCUAAUUUAUUCUGCAGACUCUCUAACGCUCUCUAACAGCGUGUGUGUGUGUGUGUGUGUGUGUGUGUGUGUGUGUGUGUGUGUGUGUGUGUGUGUGUGGGUGUGUGAGAGAGUGUGAGUGUGUGUGAGUGUGUGUGUGUGUGUGUGUGUGUGUGUGUGUGUGUUUGUGUGUGUGCCAUCAACAAUGUAAGCAUCACAGCACAUGGAGCAAUGUGCAAUUAGAAACUCCAUCCUCAUGGAAGGAGUUAAAUCAUUUGUGACCCUGCAGAGGGAGAGAUUUAUGUGUGCAGUGAAACCAUUUGAAGUUAAUUGUAUUCUAUUAUCAUUUUGUGCCUGCGAUGUUCUCUGCAGCUCAUCGUGGAGAGACGGAGGAGGAUGCUCUGCGUCUUUUCUCUCCUUCAUAUUCUCAUGCAGCUUCGUGCCUCUUUGUGUACAGUAUCACUGUGUGAACGCAGCCUCCCGUUUGGACGCAGCGUGCACUUCCUCCGGCUCGGACCAUUACAUCUGAAUGCAUCAGUUCCAGGACUGUGAGGAAUAAUCCGAGAGGUGCUGAGGUGUGUGGGUUGGCUGGUGGCUGUGGAGGGCUGAGACACUCUGGCUGUGACUGUAACCCCCCUCCCUCCCUCACCCUGAGGCUGUGAUUAGUGUCCCGGUCAGACCUGAGGUCCAGAGGAGAGGACUGUGAGGAUUCAAAGACUUCUUCUUCAGAGGACCUGCUGUACACAGCCCCUGACGACUGUAAUGUACUGCAGCCGAGCUUCACAAUCUCACUCCUACUGUGGAGCACUGCUCACUAUCACACACAGACACUCCAUUAUGGGCUAUUCCCCUCACUAAGUAUCCCUUUGGUGGUUUGCAGGCCUGGAGACAGACAGGUUGAACAGGCAGGAUGUCUUUGCUGGGACCGAGGUGCCACUAAGGGCUCUGGAUGAAUCCAAUCUGAGUGUAGAGAACUUGGUGAGCCAGUUUAGAACAUUUUUCCUGGAAAUACUGGAACUCAGUGUUUCUAAACUUCUGUCUACUCCCUGUGAAUAUGUUUUGGGCAUUCAUGCUUUCACUGAUAGAAGAAUGUGGAAGAGAGAGUGGGGAUGGUUGGAAUGAAACCCAGGCCACCUUUAAGUACUAAAUCCUCUGAGCAUGGGGUGCAUGAUAACCACCCUGCCUGUGUUUAAAUCUUAACAACACAUUAAAGAUAUUUCAAAUGUUGAUCAGAUUAGAGUAGACAUUUAUAAAAACAAACCUCUUUCCACAUCACACUUUUAAGGAACUCAAGAAGCGUUUGAAGGAACUUUUACUCCAUUUAAAGCAGAGGAACCAGGGUCCAGGUCCCUCCACUGUGAGUAGCACUUUCACAACCAGGAACUAUUAAACUGGGAUUAGUUUUGCUGUAACAUUUUGUUGUUGUUUUGCACAACAUUUAUUCACUUAUGAAAUUAGCAAGCAUUGAAACAUAAUCUUUUUUAAUCAGUGAUGAUCAGAGAAGUGAAGUAGUCGACGUUCUGAUGCUGCGCUGUGGUGUUCAAACCACCUGAGCAGCGUGUUUCUAAAAUGUAGCAGUCCUCCUGCAGCAGGUCGACAAAGAGCGACACCGUGACUUUGUUUUUGAUGCGUUGUUAAGCCAUUAAAUGACCCGUUUGCUUAAACUCUGCUGUUCCUCAGAUGCAGUGAACACGAACAGAAAAGAACACAUCAAGGUUUUUUUUAAUCCUAAAUUUAUAUGAUUGAUUCCAGAAACAACUUUCCAGGCAGGAGUUGUUGUUGUUGUCAAAAUACUUCUCCCAAGGUAAAAACUGUUUGUAUGCUCAGUGAUGAGAAGUCUCUGAAGAGCAUGCCAUCCAUUCCCAUCACAACUGAGUGAACUCCUCACCAAAUGAAGACUGAACAAUACAUCUGAAAGCUGUAGAAUCGCUGAUACAUAUCCAGUUUUUAACCCAAAUGUAAAUUUUGACCUCCAAAUAACCAAAAGCCUGCACUCUGGAUUCUUUAGUGUCAGCCGCAUGUUCAGAAACGUCCUCAGCCUCUUCAGAACAGGAGGAAUCUGAUUUCUCUCUCAGUGUUUCAGACUCAUCCCAGGCACCCUCAGCGCCUACAAAGAGUGUCCUACAACUCCAACUCAUUGUAAGUCAACCUAUCUGACAAGAGUGUCAUCAAAAUGUAAAACCGCCCUGUUUUAAAUUUUAAAUUCCUCUUGCUGUAGCUCAGCGGAUAGGAGAGGCCCCGUAACACAGGCAGGGUCAUGGUUCCGAUUUCCUCUGGGACGACCCGUGCUGGAGACGUAUGCUGUAAUUCAGCUCCACUAGCAGCAGAGGAUCAAAGGCAGACGAUAAAUGUAAAGUAGGAAGUUAAAUUUUUCCUGUGCAGAAAGCCUGAAGAUACGAUCUGCUCUGGGGGAAGAGUGAGGAAAUAUACUUAUAUUUAUGUUCCAGUGUGAGAACAGCCCUCUGAUAGUGAAGCGUGAAUCCACAUAGUGUGCCACGCAUGUUACAUGAUUAACACAGAUCUUUUCUACGUUUACACUCAGCCUGUGAUUGUGCCGUCAAAUGGCAGCUCUCCACCAAUGAGAUUUACCUCUUCUGCACCGUAAACACACUAUCAAUUGUAAAGCGUUCACACAAACAUAAGAGAUUACGUUUUUGUAAUGCCAUGACUUUUUGUCGUCUUGUGCUGCAUAAUACUAAGAUUUGUUUUAACUUGUGUUCUCACAAGUGAAAGACAAGCACCAUGUUCCCUCUCCACACCUCCCCUCCUCUUCCUGAUGACUUUUUUUCCCCUUUAAUAAUGUUUUAUUUCUUUAUAACGUUGAGUCAGUGGUUUGUGUGCAGCACUUUUUUUGCUGCAGGUCGCAUGUUGCCAACAUUUCUUGCUGCUUCAGACAGGGCUCCAGAUUGUUUUCUGAUCAACAAACACUCCCUUGUUCUCAGCCAGAGCACACUGUAACAAAGCCCACCGAUGUAUUAUACAGUACGUUAUGGAGAAUAUGCCCUCCUAUAGGCUCCCAUGAAUCAUCUAUAGCUCGCAGGAGCAAGAGUAGACACAUUCACAGUGAAUAAGUAACUGCGUGAAUAAAAGUGUGAGCAGAGGGAGGCAUAUCAUCACAUUCUUUCUUUUUAAGGGAUAACUCAUUUUUAUUUCAAGGAGUUUUUUAUAUUCAUGUUUGACUGUUCACCUUCCUACCAGGAGGAACACCAGGAGAUGGAUGCUACCAAUCUCAUAUCUGUAAAGUCAAUUUGAAACUACAACCAGCAGUCGGUUAGCUUAGCUUAACUUAGCUUAGCACAAAGACUGGGGGAGACUUAGGCUGUUUCCGAAAUCGCCUACUAUACUAGCAGUACGUACUGAUAUGUCCAAAAUUCAGUAUGUAGUAAGUAGUAUGUGAACAAGAGCAAAAUCUGCAGUAUGCCAAAACUCCCCGGAUGUCUACUGAUUCGGGAAAAUAUCUCAGUGUGCAUCGGACCAGUCUGCCUCGCGUACUGUUUCCCAUAAUGCACAGCGCUCGUUCUGCUUUUUCUUUUUCCUCAUUUUUUGACGGGAGGAAAUCCGUUUUUGGGUGCUGUGAAAGUUAUCAAAUUACAUAUAAACCACUUCCUUACUUUUUAAAUCAUAAAUGGAUGCUAAAUAAGCAUUUUAUUUAUCGGCUUCGCCGUUGUUUACUUCCGCUUUCCGAAACCGGAAAUCCAGCAAAGUCUGGCUCAGCAUGCUGCAUGACAGAUCGGACAGAACAGUCAUACUACAUACUAAAUUCAAAUGCAGUAUGUAGUAGGCAAUACCUACUGCCUACUACAUUAGUAAGUAGUAUGUAGCAGGCCGUUUCGGAAACAGCCCUAGUGUUUGUUUCAGACCAUCACAGAGCCACAACGGUGCAACUGAGACACUCCUGUUACUGCCAAUACCGUUACAUCCCUACAAAACGCAAAUUGUGUUAUUUGGGAGUCUUUGUAAAACAUGCAGCUGAUGAACCUGCCAAAAAAUGAGACACACAGAAAAGAGAAACUGUAGGAGGCAGGGCGGGACACACUGCUGUGUGUAUAAAGAGAGGAAAGCUGUCAGUGCGGUGUGUGUUAGAGGGGAAAACCGAACUGAACAAAAAGCUGAGCAAAUUAAAGUCGUAAGUAACACCUUCUAAAAUAAGUUGGGGAAAAAGCACAAUUAGUAAAUUAACUUACAUAGUUAUAGAAUGAACAGAUGAUAUAAGGUAACAUAAAGAGGUCAUCUCCCCUGCUACAGAUAGAGCAUCAGCAUAUGAAACACUCUUCUUAUUUAAAUGUGAGGUAAAGGCAGAGCAAGGAUCAGAAUCAGAAAUACUUUAUUUAUCCCAGGGAAAAUUAAGACAUUAAAGUUGCCCAUAUAUGCAAUAAGUACUAAUAUCAAAUAAUAUUAAUAGAAGAAGUAAUUAUUAAGAUAUAAAUACAAAUACAAAUACAAUGAAAAUAAUGAUAAAGGUAUGUACAGAAGACAAAAUAAGCUAUGUAGAAAAUAAAUGGUUGAAGUCCCCGGAGAUCAGGAAGAGGGCACUCUGCUGGUCUGUCUGGAGUCUGGCUAUGGCAGCGUAGGGAACCUUCGUGCUAGCUUAGCUAACUAGCCGCUGGCUGUAGCGUCAUAUUGACAUCUCACAUAUCUCUCAGCCUUAUGAUACGUGUAUUUCCCCUAAUGACCCAUAACUUUAAAUGUUUAAACCAGGCUGCAAUGUUCUGAACAGAGAAGUUUGGUUUUAAAAAGUUUCACCCAUCCUCAAAAUUGAGUUGGUCAACAGGACUAACUGAUGCAAUUACCUUAGGAUCUCCAUCAGUGGAAACUUGCUGCAAACUUGGAAAUAAUGCAAAUUUAUAAACACAUCCAAAAGAAAUGCAAAAGGAAAUGCAAAUAGAAAAUACAUUGGACACAAAAGGGCCAAACAUCUCCAUUUACCACAGGUGUGCUGCAAAAUACACAAUCGAUGGAGACUUGACAGCAGAAGCUCUUCAGGUCGGUAGGGCCACUGAGAAUUUGCUCAUGAAUUUGCAUCGUUUCUGAAUUUGCAGCACGUUUCCUCUAAUGAAGAUCAUUCUGGCUGCUGCAGCAGACUUUUUUAUUUGUACAUGGAAGUAAAGAAGCAAAUGAUCCCUGUAAAAACUGUCGGCCCUCAGCUGCUUCACAGCGGUAGCAGCAGUGGAGCGAGCUGUGAUUAUAACUACUUGUAUGAUGAAAGCUUUAAAAACCAAACUGAAGGUCACUUCUUUUAAAACAGAGCUGAUUUAAAAACAGAGUCCUGAUUAAAACUUUUGAGUCUGGAGGUCUGGAACAAAAAUGUGAAAUGUGUUCUUCAUUUUAAAACGAUCUCAUUAUUUCUGUCUCUUUUUUUCCUGCUGUCAUCAGUCGAGGUAAUUACUGUCUUUUUGGAGUCGAGAGUUCAGUUUUAAAGAACUUUUGAUAGUCUCUCUCCACGUGGGAACCUCUUCAGCUCAAGAUGUAGCAUUCUGACUGAUUCCCUCCUGACUGUUGUACUUGUUGCCAUUUUCUCAAAUGCCUCAAGUGCUUUCUUACAUUGGAAAUUGAACUUUAAUUUUGUCGUCUCCCUGCGUGCAUGUCUUAUGAUUAUUUCUGUGUUGUGAAGCACUUUCCUUUCUCAUCAUCAGGUCAAGUGUCCUUGUGAAACAUGUAACUUUGGGCGUUGUGUUGAGUUACAUAGAAUGUAAUCUAACACUGAGGUUGUUAAAAUGAAAGUUUUUUGCUAACACAGCUUACACUCAUUUUUAUUGGUGGAAAAAUAACAUCCAGAUGCUGCAUGGAUUGUUGCAGGUUACUGAAAUGUUGAUUUUGGUUAAAAAUGUAGUAACUAUAUGUAUUACUCUGUCAUUGCUGUCUACAUAUUGGCUAAAACUAGAUAUUGUAAAUGUUCUUCUUUUUACCAACAUGGAUUCUGUCCUCUGUGUUUUUGUUCUCUGUGAGGAAUAAAGGAAUUCCUAAAACUCUU